AUGAGUUAUGAUAAUGUAGGAAAUAAAGUUGAUGAAGAAAUUGACAAUAUAAAUAUUUAUUCAGAGUCUAUUAGUAGUAUAGACAAAUCUACUAUAGUUCAUGAAAAAUUGAUUGAGAACUCAAAUGAAUUGAACUCUAUUAUAAAUACAGAAAUAUCAAGUGAAAAUAAGAUAUCACAGCUUCAAACUUCUUCAUUUAUUAAUGAUGUUAACAGUGUUUCUGUGGGUUUCAGCUAUAUUCCAACGACUGGAACAUUAAGUAAUGAAUUCGAAGAAUUAGUAUAUGAUAAAAAAAGUUCAGAAGUUGUUUCUAUCAAAUUUUCAGGUGAAACAAAAGUAAAUGAGGAAACAUUAAAAAUGUUAAAUAAUGAUUGUAAAAAUAACAUCAAUCUUCAUUCAACUACAAUUUCUUUGAAUGAAAUAGAUAAAUCAAUCAGUUUAGGUUGUGAUAAUCUAUUACAAAAAGAUGAAAUUAUAGAAUUAAACAUUCAAUUGAAUAAUGAUUUUGUUGGAAAGCAUGAUUUAUCUAUUGAAGAUAACUAUGUUUCAUCAAGAAAUGUAUCUAAUUGUGAUAAAAUAGAUGUUGACAACAGCCAUGAAGAACUUGAAUGUAAAUUAUCAGAGUCUAACCAAAAUAAUGUUAAUUUAGACAAUACAAACUUUACUAAUUAUAAUGAUAGCCAAUUGAUUGUCGAAGAUCAAUCACAAGAGAAAUUAUUAUCAAAUAACAAUACUUUAAGUAAUCCAGAAAUAACUUCAGAAGAUGCAUGUGAUAGUCACAUUAAUGAUCUUUCGUUCAAUAAAAUGAUCAACUCUAUAGAUGAUAAUAAAUUGUCUUCUUCAGUACAACCAUUGGAUCUUUCAAAUAAAUCUUUAUAUUCAAGACAAUAUUUAAAUGAAUCUAUAAAUUCAAAGAAAUGUUUCAAUGAAUUUGAUCCACAGUUGACUAAUGAAAUUAAUGAUACAAUAUUGACUAAAAGUAUAGUUUUAUUUAUGAAUCAUACAGGAAUAAUACCACCAAUAGGGAAUAAUCAACUUUAUUGUAAUUCAUGGAUUUCUAUAAUGAAUUAUUGUAAGAUGUUAUUAUGUUCUGCUCUGUCAGAUGAAUUAGUAUAUGCUAAAACUUUAAACUCACAAAAUUCAACACAUUUUAAUCGUCCUCUUAUGGAAGCUUUAUUGAAGUUAAAAACUAUGAUACCUGAUGAAUUGAUCAAUGAAGUGAAUGAAAAAGACCAAUCAGAAUAUGUAGAAAAUAUUGAUCAGUUAUCAGGAAGUUCUUUAACAAUUGAUACAGAUGUAUCAGAACAUGUUAAUCAUGAAUUACAACUAAGAAGAAUUCAGACAAUCAAAGAGGAUUUAUCAUGGAUAAGAGUGAAAAAUGAAUCCAACAAAUCUACAUGGUAUCAGAUUACGGAUACAAAUAAACUAGGAGAGUUGUUAGAGGUUCUUACUUUACGUGGAGUUAGAGAAAGACAACUGGCUAAAUGUAUUCGACGUUCAAAGGAUUUUGUAGAAUUAUCCAUGCAAGUAGCCUUGAAAAGAAAUUCUGAAUUUGAUGCUGCUAAAUGCAUGUCUGCUACCAGAUUCAACCCUCAACCUUUUCGAAUCCGUUCCUAUCGUCGUAGAGGACGGCGAAGUAUGAGAGGCCACACAAGGACAAAUGACGUAUCACUACACAAUUGUACUAAGAGCUGUAAUCAUAAAUUACUCUCCGAGAAAGGAUCACGAUAUUUCACCACACCAUCAUCAUGGGAAGCAAGUUAUUCACAUGAUAGCAAAGAGAUUGAACGUCCGCACUCAGCUCUCUCUCAUUCUGAUCUGCGUUACAGUGACGACUGUUCUAGUGAAUCUAACUUCGGUCUGACAACCACCUCUUCAACAUAUUCAAAACGCAAUCGUAUGGAUAUCUACAAUGGUUAUCCUUAUUCUCCUAAUAAAUCACUUCCAGAUGCAGUUAGUGUUACAAAUUCUAAAUACAGGUUUGUUGAUGAUAAGAAAUGGCAGAAGGAUGAUACCUUGACGGAGGAAUACGUCACUUUUAUCAAUGAAUGCCAACUGCUUUGUGAAGUAGAAGCUCUUGAGGAUAGAGUACUGUGUGCUAGCUUACAAAUUAAAGGAUGGACGGCGCCAACUAAAACACUUGAAGAUGAAACAAUUGUACUCAUCCCUCGUACAACAGUGAAACAAUCACCUUUUGAACAUUGGCCAAUUGAUUUGGCACGAAGUCGUUUAAUAAACAUUGAACAUCAUUUGGAACGUCGUUAUCUACUUCCACCGCUUAAUUCUGAAGUUCAGUUGAACGUUGUAUCCAAAGGUAGUACUACUGAGCUUACUCUUCUCCCUGAUAACAAGUGUAGUAUAAAAGAGUGUAAAGAUAUAGGAAAUGAAACUGAAGGAGAAAGUGAUAACAUGGAGCUUGACAAGUGUACAACUAAUCCUGGAGUUCAUGAUGACAAUAGUCAAACUUCCACACAUUAUCAAUUACCACAGAUCCAUCGUGUUAUCAACAAACAAGUUGACUUAAAUGAUGAAGGCGAGAAUUACACAGAUUGUAAUUCUCAGAUUCUUACCACACAUCUAGGUGAGUCAGACUUAACAUCAAAGGCUGUUACAAGUGAAACUCUUCCUCCAGGACUCAUUAACUGGCGUAAAAAUUUGUAUCAAGCGUCUGAUGUUAUGACAGUACGUCGUUCCAUGGAGGAACUGAUUCAAGCAAUUGCAUGGGAUAAGUCAAUUAUGAAAGUACUUUGUCAAAUAUGUAGACGUGAUAAUAAUGAAGCUUGUUUACUGUUAUGUGAUGGAUGCGAUCGUGGUUAUCAUACAUAUUGUUUUCGACCACAAUUAUCCAACAUUCCAUCCGGUGAUUGGUUCUGUUAUGAUUGUGUAUCGAAAGCUACUUCAAAACACUUAUGCUAUAUUUGUGGUAGAUGUGAAAUUGACGAUACAAUACAACAAAUGAAUAGUCAAUCACCAUCAGAUGUUAAACGAAUGGCAAUUUGUUGUCAUUGUUCAAGAGCUGUACAUAACAGUUGUGCUAGACCAACAUUUAUACGUAUCCCAAAACGAUGGUACUGCUCAAACUGUAUCAUUCUAAAGUAUUCCAAGCUUAAUCAUGAAAACUGUGAUUUACGACUAUCAAAAUCUCGUAGAAAACGUAAAGAAUAUGAAGAUGUGGCAGAUUACUCGGAAUCAAAUGGUAACGAAAAGAUUAAAAGGCGUAAAAUUUGUUCUGUUAACAACAAUACACAUACGAAAACAGAGGAUACAAGUUUAGAGGCGUAUAAAACAAUUAAUAAAGUAGACAAUACAUUCUUAAAACAGAAUCAAACCAGAAAAUAUCAGGGAUGUAAUAUUCCAGUGAAUAAAUCUAAAAGGAAAAAGUAUUAUUAUCUAGAAAAUCAGGUAGAAAAUCAAUUUUUGUACAAAUACACUACUUAA